GGAGUCCUCCUGACCCAGGGAGGCGGGGAUUCUAAGAAGACCGGGAAGCCGAUUCCUUCAACCUCCCCCUCCCUCCCAGCCAUUCUUCAGUAAACAAUGAAAGUCCUGUUGCUGAAGGAUCCCAAAGAAAGUGAAAAUGGGCCAGAUCCAUAUAUAGAAGAGUUGGGAUCAUAUGGGCUUGAAGCAACGUUGAUUCCAGUUUUAGCUUUUGAAUUUAUUUCUCUUCAGUCCUUGUUUGAAAAACUUUCUCAUCCUGAACAAUAUCUUGGACUAAUUUUUACGAGUCCGAGAGCAGUGGAAGCUAUUAAAUUAUGUCUGGAGAAUCAUUCUAAUAAAGAAGAUUGGGAAAAUUAUCUGAGGGAAAAAUGGAACACCAAAUCAAUUUAUGUAGUUGGAAAAGCUACAGCUGGACUAGUAGCUGAAUUUGGACUUAGACCACAAGGAGAAAACUCUGGGAAUGCUGAAAAACUCUCUGGAUACAUUUGUUCCCGGGAAUCGCCCAACUCUUUGCCUCUUCUGUUUCCAUGUGGCAGUCUGAAAAGGGAAACGCUUCCAACAAUACUCAGGGAAAAAGGGAUCGCAUUGGAAAUUCUCACUGUUUAUCAAACUACACAACAUCCUGAUCUUCAAGAAUCCUUGAGAAAUUAUUUCUCACAACAGGGUGUUCCUGCGAGCAUCACAUUUUUUAGUCCUUCUGGUGUCAAGUAUUGUCUGAAGCAGAUUAUGAAAUUGUCGGGUGAUCUCACUACCCAAAUUAAGUUUGCUGCCAUAGGUCCGACAACAGCUGAAGCCCUGGAAGCUGAAGGAAUCAAAGUGAGUUGUACUGCUGCUAGCCCUACUCCACAGGAUCUCACCGCAGGGAUCAGAAGAACUCUUCAGCUCAAGAGUUGCUAAUACACUUGGAAGGCCACUAUGUUUGAAAUGACAUAGUUUAGUGCCAAUAAUGUCCCUGGAAAAAUGUGUCUUUUUCCUUGCAUUCAUGUGAAUUUGAAGUUUUGUUCACGUCAUUCUUUGUACACUUUCAUAUUAUAUGUAUAAUAAUAAUGAAUAUAAAUCAGAGUAAAUCUUGGUUGUUGAGACAGGCUCUAUGACCUUGCUUAUAUAUCGUACCCUAAUAAAUGUGAAGCCUGGCACUCUUCCAUUUUUAAAAACAGUAAUAAACAAACUUUUCAAACUGAAA